AUGAGCUCGUACUUCGUGAACCCGCUGUACUCCAAGUACAAGGCGGCGGCCGCAGCGGCGGCCGCGGCGGCCGCGGCGGCGGGCGAGGCCAUCAAUCCCACUUACUACGACUGUCAUUUCGCGCCCGAGGUCAGCGGCCGCCACGCCGCCGCCCUGCAGCUCUAUGGCAACAGCACCGCCGGCUUCCCGCACGCGCCCCCGCAGGCGCACGCGCACCCGCACCCGCACCCGUCGCCGCCGCCCGGCUGCGGCGGAGGGGGCGGCCCGGGCCCCGGUCAGGACUACUUCCACGCCGGCGCGAGCAGCCCGGCCGCUGCCUACCAGGCCGCCCCACCUCCUCCUCUGCACCCUCCGCCUCCCCCCUGCGGCGGGAUUGCCUGUCACGGGGAACCCGCGAAGUUUUACGGAUACGAUAACUUACAGAGACAGCCGAUUUUUACGACCCAGCAAGAGGCCGAGCUGGUACAAUAUCCUGACUGUAAAUCGUCCCGUGGUAAUAUUGGCGAGGACCCAGACCACUUAAAUCAGAGCUCGUCUCCUUCUCAAAUGUUUCCCUGGAUGAGACCACAAGCAGCUCCUGGUAGACGGAGAGGAAGGCAAACCUACAGCCGCUUCCAAACCCUAGAGCUGGAAAAGGAAUUCCUUUUUAAUCCUUAUCUGACCAGGAAGAGAAGAAUCGAGGUCUCCCAUAGCCUGGCCCUCACGGAGAGACAGGUAAAAAUCUGGUUCCAGAACCGGAGGAUGAAGUGGAAAAAGGAGAACAACAAAGACAAGUUCCCCGCGUCCCGGCCGGAGGCAAAGGACGGAGAACCCAAAAAGGAAGGCCGUGAGCUGGAAGAAGAUGGAGCCGAAGGCCCCACAAAUUAA